AUGAGCAACGAUGAGCGGAUAGACCCCGCGCCGCCGCUUGAGCAGACCCAGCAGACCGACACCACCGACACCAACAACAACCCUCCACCAGCACCCGAGUCCGGCGAGACGGGCGAGAGUGCGCAAGGCGCGAGCGCGACGGAUAGCGCACCGGCUCCCAAGACUACGGAGCCCGAGCACACAAGCACGGAUCUGGCCGCCGCCGACCAUGCGAGCCCGUUGAGCCAGACGGACAACGAUGACGGAGCAACUCAUCAGGGUGAAGUGAUCGGCAAGGUCACGCCGGAAGACGGAGUACCAAGCAAGGAAGACACACCACCACCGGCAACGAAAGACGAGCCUGAGGCCAAGGAGGAGCCCGAGCAGGUGUCCAAGCUCGCGUCGCACCCGGCUCAACCUGCACCGGCUGAGGAGUCGUCCUCCACACAGCCUCCAGAGGACAAGGACGAGAUCAAGGCUCUCCCCACCACCGUCCUCUCACCACCGACAUCGAGCGACGCCGCGUCUCUCCCCGAAGUCUCGCCCAACAUGGUCGAAGGCUCCGCGACGCCGAAAGCGAAGACUCCCGCUUCUUCUCCCGAACAGCCCGCCGUCGAAGCGACUCCCGCCCCGUCCAAGGUCCCCGUCACCGAGCCCGGACCAACACCAGCCCCCGUCCCCGUCCCCCAGCCCGGCGCACCCGCCAAACCCCCACCAGGCGCGCCGCCAGAGUCGACCCAGCCGACGCCAGCACGCACGGAGGGCUUGGCGGCGUUCCAGACGCCCGGGGCGUCAACGCGCAUUUCGCCAGAUCUCGCCGAGUUUGACCCGUUCGCGACGCCAGCGACGCCUGUACCGAACAAGCCGGCGCCGAAGGCUGCUCAGCCUGGCCAGCCGCCGAAGCUGCCCCAGCGGCCGCAUAUCCGGACUGACUCGGUGCGCUCUUCGGGUGCGCCGCCUCCUCAAGCGCACGGUCAGGGUGGACAGCCAGCGGCAGGCCCGUCGAGGUCACAGCGUCCGUCUAGACCGAACUCGCGACCGGGUAGCGGACAGAGGAGCGCCCAAGGCAGUGCCGCGGGAAGUAGGAGCGGGACGCCCAACCCCCGCCGACAGAGUAGCGAAGACAAUGAGCCCGCGUUCAACUUUGCUGGCUUUCUGAGGGACCUGAAAGUCAAGUCUGCAGAGCCCGUCGCGCGAUACUUGAAGAGGUCAGUUGACAGCUUGCAUACCGAAACUGACAAACAGCUUCCUGACCAACUUUUCCAAGAAGCCGUUCACGCUAACUCUCAGUUCAUUUCGGAGCGGAUGCGCGGCGUCGAGCCGUGGAAGUCGCAGUCCGAGGCCGAAUUCGACAAUGCGCUCGAGGCGAUGGAGAAGCUCGUCAUGAACCGCCUCUAUCCCUACACGUUCACGCCGCAGAUCUCGCCCACGACGCCCAUCACGACAGACGACCUGGAGCGCGAUGCCGUGUUUGCGCAGCGUGUCCGGCUCUUUGGCUGGGUGCGCGAGGGCCACCUCGACGUGCCGGAGAGCGAGGCGGCGGCGGGAUUCCUGGGGUUCGCGGAGCAAGAACUCCUCAAGAUCAACCACUACAAGGCACCCAGGGACAAGAUGAUCUGUAUCCUCAACUGCUGCAAGGUCAUCUUUGGCCUCAUCCGGCAUACGUCCGGCAACGAGGCCGGCGCAGACGCCUUCAUCCCCAUCCUCAUCUUUGUCGUCCUCCGCGCCAGUCCGGACAACAUGCUCAGCAACCUCGAGUACAUCAACCGGUUCCGGAAUCCCGAGAAGCUGACGGGCGAGGCGGGGUAUUACCUGAGCAGUCUGAGCGGCGCGAUCCAGUUCAUCGAGACGAUGGACGCCUCGAGUCUCUCCAACAUAACGCAGGAUGAGUUCGAGGCCAACGUCGAAAAGGCGAUCCAGGACCUCCCCUCCAGUCCUACCUCGCCACGCAGUCAACAGCGCUCCUCGGCCGACAUGUCCAUGUCCCCCUUCGCGACCUCGCCGGGGGAGGAGGCGGCGCGCCCCCUCGCUCUCCCCGCAACCGCAGCCGCGCUAGACGGCACGCGGCGCUUCUUCCAGCGCACAGGCGACGCGGCGAAGGAGGCUGUCUCGCGCCCUCUGAGCGCGAUCGGCAAGAUACUCCAGGACAUGCAGGCUCCCGGCUCCGAGUCGGGUGAGGACACGGAGGACGAGCGCGAGCGCGCGAGGGCCGAGUACGAACACAGGCGGCGGGCGAGUGCGGGCGGCGCGAGCGUGCACAGCCAGCAUAGUGUGCACAGUCAGCACAGCGCGCACAGCCAGCAUAGCGGGCAGGGCAUCCCAGUGCCAGGUGGCACAGCUGGCACGCCGAAGACGCCGUCAAGGCUUCUGGCGCAAUUGGGGUUGAGCCCGGGGGACAGCAGACAGGGCAGCGAGCAGGGCACGCCGCUGGCGACGCCGCCAGAGUUCAGGCCAGGCGUGCCAGGCGUGCCAGGCGAGCCAUACACGCCCGUGCCGCCUUCGCAGGCGUUUCAAUCCUUGACAGCGAGAGAGCAGCGAGAACAGCGCGAGCGCGAGAUGAGGGAGCAACAGACCCCAUCCCAUCCCCCAACUCAUCAGCACCACGCACCCCUGCCUGCAAACUAUGCGCGCACCCACCCCCACCACCAGCAGCGGUUCACGCCACCCCCGCCCUCAAACCUGUACCGGCAGCCCCACCCUCCUCCAACCUACACGCCCCCACCACCACCCUCCUUCCAUCCCUCUCCCGAAGAGCUCGAACGCCAGCGCGACCUCGAAGAAAGACAAAGAGAACAAGCACACUACGACCAGGCCCUGGCCGCGAGCCAGCGGGAACUCUUCGACGCACAUUCAAGGGAACAGGCGAAACUCGCCAAUGUCGCGACGCUCACGCAGAUGUUCCCGGCGCUGGAUGAGGAGAUUGUGACGCUUGUACUCGAGGCGAGUGGCGAGGAUUUGGGCGUUGCUAUUGACCGGCUUUUGGAGAUGUAG